UAUAGCCCAGUGGGCUUUACAACAAUAAAACACUAGUGUCCAACAACAACCGCCGUUUAAAAGUCAAAGGUGGAAGCUGUAGUUCUGGGAGUACCAAAUCCUCGAUACGAUGAGGAAGCGUAAUCCAAAGGCGUCAGAUUUGUCAGAGACAUCUUCUUCUAGUCGUCAAGAGCCCGAUGUUGUUUAUGAUAACGAUGCUCUCGAUAAGGAAGUGCAGGCUGAUGUUCAAAGAUCCGGGAAAGUUUGGUUUUCAGUGUUGAUUUUGGUCACAUACUUCUCUUGGGCUGUUUACAGUUAUCAGUAUGGGAAUUUGCCUAAACCUUUAACAGCAAAACAAGCUGGUAAAAGGGGUUUCUCUGAAAUUGAAGCAAUGAAACAUGUUAAGGCUUUGACUCAGUUUGGUCCUCAUCCUGUUUCUUCUGAUGCUCUUGUCCAUGCCCUUGAGUAUGUAUUGGGAGAAGUUGAGAAAAUUAAAGAAACUGCUCAUUGGGAGGUUGAUGUGAAUGUUGAUUUCUUUGAAUCUAAAUUUGGUGUAAAUCGUCUGGUUGGUGGUUCUUUUAAGGGCAAGUCACUUGUGUAUUCAGAUAUAAGUCACAUUGUACUAAGAAUCUUGCCAAAAUAUGAAUCAGACGCAGGGGACAAUGCGAUACUGGUCUCUUCUCACAUUGAUACUGUCUUUACCACUGGUGGGGCUGGAGAUUGUAGUUCAUGUGUAGCUGUAAUGCUGGAACUAGCUCGAUCUGUUUCCCAAUCGGCUCAUGGAUUCAAGAAUUCUAUUAUCUUUUUGUUCAAUACUGGAGAGGAAGAAGGUCUUAAUGGUGCUCAUAGCUUUAUAACUCAGCAUCCAUGGAGUUCCACAAUACGUUUAGCUAUUGAUUUAGAAGCCAUGGGUGCGGGUGGAAAGUCCAGUGUUUUUCAGGCUGGCCCGAGUCCGUGGGCUAUUGAAAACUUUGCUUUAGCUGCGAAAUAUCCAUCUGGUCAGAUAAUUGGACAGGAUCUGUUCACUUCUGGAGUCAUAAAAUCUGCGACUGAUUUCCAAGUAUACAAGGAGGUUGCUGGUCUCUCAGGAUUGGACUUUGCUUUUGCAGAUAAUACUGCUGUAUACCACACUAAGAAUGAUAAGAUAGAACUAAUAAAACCAGGAUCGCUCCAGCAUCUUGGGGAAAAUAUGCUUGCUUUCCUCCUUCGCGUUGCUUCAUCUUCUGAUCUACCAAAGGAUAAAACUCUUCAAGAUGAGGAGAAAGCCAACCCGGACUCAGCCGUCUAUUUUGACGUUUUGGGGAAGUAUAUGAUUGUAUACCGGCAAAGUUUUGCGACAAUGCUAUAUGUUUCAGUGAUCAUGCAAUCGCUUCUUAUAUGGGUUCUGUCUGUGUUCAUGGGUGGUUAUCCGGCUGUUGUGUCGCUGAUUUUGUCGUGUUUGAGUAUUAUCCUCUCAUGGAUAUUCUCAGUAGCUUUCUCAGUAGCUGUUGCAUUCAUAUUGCCCUGGAUUUCUUCAUCACCUGUGCCGUAUGCUUCAAACCCAUGGAUGGUAGUUGGAUUGUUUGUGUCGCCUGCGGUUUUGGGGUCAAUAAGUGGUCAGCAUGUGGCCUUUAUUUUCCUUCGGAAGAAAUCAUCAAACCGAAAUUCGAACAAAUUGCAAGUCUCGCCAAGACUACGAGAUAAUCUGGCCAGGCUGGAGGCUGAAAGAUGGCUGUUUAAAGCUGGUUUUAUUCAGUGGCUUGUUCUUCUGGCCAUCGGAACCUAUUAUAAACUUGGAUCAACUUACCUCGCUCUGGUUUGGCUAGUUCCACCUGCAUUUGCAUAUGGAUUGCUCGAGGCGACUUUAUCUCCAAUCCGAUUGCCAAAGCCCCUUAAACUUGCAACUCUCUUUAUCAGCCUAGCGGUACCAAUUUUGGUUUCAUCUGGCAGUUUUAUCCAGUUGACGGGCACAAUGAUCGGGAUGCUCAUUCGAUUUGAAAGUACCCCAGGCGGAACUCCAGAAUGGCUAGGCAAUGCAUUGAUCGCUGUUGUAAUUGCUACUUUCGUAAGUCUGACUAUGGUGUACCUGCUGUCCUAUAUUCAUCUCUCUGGUGCAAAAACGUUGCUUGUCACUGCAUUAUGCAUUAUCACUGCCCUCUCUCUGUCCCUUGUAGCUUCUGGUGUCUUUCCUGCAUUUACUGAGGAUACUUCCAGAGCAGUAAAUGUUGUACAUGUUGUGGAUACAAGCGGGCAAGAUCAAGUGGCUUUCAUAUCGCUAUUCUCAAACACUCCUGGAAACCUAAACAUGGAAGCAGAGCAGAUCAAAGAAGGGUUCAAAUGUGGCAGAGACAAUAAGAUUGAUUUUGUCAGUUUUGAAGCUAAAUACAGUUGUGUGACCAAGAAGGACGCCGAGGUUGGAUGGGACAAGCACAAUAUUCCAGUCCUUAGUGUCAUAAACGACAAGGAGAGGGACGAGGGAAGAGUUACAGCGGUUUCAAUGGACACAGGAGGCUCAUCGCGCUGGACACUUCGCAUUGACAUGGAGGAAAUAGAAGACUUUACAAUGCAAGUGAGUGAGGAUGAAGAGUUAAUGAUAGCACGAGGCGAGAAAAGCAGCAAUGAACAUGGAUGGCAUCAAAUUCAAUUCGCAGGUGGGAAAAAGGCGCCAACAAGCUUUGUUCUCAAACUUUACAAAAAGAAGGAAGAAGUAUCUGAUGAGAAGAAGAAGCAAAGACCUCUCUUGAAGCUCAGAACUGACUUCAACCGUCUCACUCCACAAGUCCACCGGGUUCUAGAAAGACUUCCUCCAUUUUGCUCAUUGUUUGGAAAAUCCACUUCACCUUUUACUCUCGCCUUUCUUGCUUCUCUUCCUUGCACCAAAUAACACUUCCCACUCACUUGGCUAACGCAUUUUCUAAUAAAUUUAUUGUUGUUUACUUCAAAAGCAAGAGUUAAAAGUCCCUGAAGAUCA